GUGGCCGUUAAUGCUGCUGGCUGUGCUGUGCUCGGCGUUUCUUCGUGUCAGGCUGCGCGUUGCACUGUCGUGACACUCGUGACUUUAGUGUGACGUUGCACACUUUGGUUAAUAUAAUUUAGAGAAUCUCGGUGUCGCGUUUGUGCGGGCUUUGAAUUGAAAAUAAAAAAUAAAAACAAACAACUUUCGUGCUCUCUCUAAGCUCUCUCGUUUUAUUCUCAUAGCCCAAGAUCUCUCGAGCGCGCUCUUCUCCCUUGUGUCGCCGUUGUCCCGUUGACGAUGACCAGUUCGUGACAAGACACGCAGAUGUGUGCGCCUUCGCCGAGACGGAAAAACAGUGAUACUAACAUUAAAAAAAGGGCAUCGGGGGCUCCAUCUAUCGUCGAUCUGUUCUCCUGGCUCGAAUCAGGCGCGAUCGUGGUGCACGAUUUUUAUCAAAACAAGCAUGGUAAGCUCCCGAUCUCCGGGGCUGACUGGAGUGAAUAACGACGACGCAACCGAUACUGAUCGCGACAACAACGGUAACGCCAGCACCAACGACAACAAUAAUCACCUGCGAGAUCCAUCAGCAACGCCUGCACGAGAACCCUCCUCCAACUCCACGCCGGAAACUCAAUUACGAGCCAAUGACAAGGAUGCGAUACUUUCUUACAACGGACCCAAGAAGAGCAGACGAACCGAUUCUAUUUCGAACAAACAGAAACACGUCUUCUCCAAUAACGAAACUCAAAGUGGCCCUUCCUCCUUGUCCUCGCCCAACGUACAGCCCAAUUCCAUCGCCAAUGUAGAUUUUCCUGACGAAGAAAGUUACGAAGGUUUUGGAUACGCUCAAAAUUCUCUUGGCGUCGAACAAAAUCUUGAAAUCGAGCUCGAAACUGACGGAAGUCUCGGCUGCGGUGCCGGCGACAGCAGCAGCUCUGCACCCUCCCCUACCGGCCCUAAUUCUCUCUCUUUAAAAUCAAACAGCCCGUGUUCGACGAUCGGGAGACACUCGUGGCUAAGAACAUCUCUCAGAAGAACGUCACCAAGUACUGCAACUCGACAGAGGCAGCUCGGUUCGAACGCACUUGCCAGUCAACUGUACAGGAGCGGAAGUUUCAACAGUUCCGGGAGAGGAUCGACUUGCGACGCUGUCGACGAUAUGUACAGCGACGUAUCGCUCGAGGACGAUGUCAUAGAUCUCAAUCACAGGGUAAGAAUGAUCCAGGAACAGAUGCACGUGUUGACCGACACACACUCUGUUGGCGAGGAGCGCUACGCCAGAGCAAAACAAGAAAAUGCUACCCUUCAGGCCAGAAUACUCAUGCUGGAAGAAGCAGCCAAAGAUGCUGAAGCUAGAGCUGAAGAAAAACUGGAGAUCGAGCAACGACGACACAGGGAAUGGGCGUGUCGAUUGGAGCGAGAGAAGCAAUUGCAGUUAGAAAAUUGUUCAAUUAAGAUGCAAACGAUCGAGCUCGAAUGUUCGAGUCUGAGGGAUCAAGUUGCGAGGUUGCGUGAGCAGCUGGAUUCGACAAGGGAAGAUCGAACUCGUUUCGACGGUUUGGUUGAGGAUCUUCGUCGAGAAGUCGCUGACGUUCGAGAGGCAGAGCGACAGGCCCUUCUGCGAUGUAACGAGGCUCGAGUUCUUCUGGACGCAGCGAGAAAUGAAUUGAGCACGAGAAGUGACGACCGUCUGAAACUCGAAGAACUCGAGCUCGAGGUUUCGCAGCUUCGUGCCCGAAAUAAAAGUCUCGAGGAAUCGCGAGACGAAUUGCAAGCUGCGGCCGCUCUUCAUGCCGGUCGAGAACUCUUAAUGCUCAAUUUACCUCGUCCAAGCUACGACACCCUCGAUUCAACAGAUCGAGAUGGAGCGUGCAGUCUUGCGGUUGAAUUAUCGGCUGAUGCAAUACGCGAUCGUAACCCUGUGGCUCGUAUCGCAAAAGAGCCUCUUACAAUGCCUGAGAUGCGGCAGGCCUUGAAAGAACAACAAGAGGUUAACACUCAAUUGCGCUCAUACAUAGAUGAUAUUCUAUUGAACAUUGUAGAAAAUUAUCCUCAAUUAUUGGAAGUUAAACAAGCCACUAACGGCUGCUGAACGAAUCUCUCGAAUCUCAUCCAUGCGUCGCCUCCCUGAAUCCUCUGCAUUAUAAAUCGUUCGUAAUGUGUGAGAGCUGACAAAAAUUAUGCAUACAAUCCGUCCAUAUGGAAAUCAUCACAUGAAUGAACGGUGGGCGUAUGCGCGUUGGAUGACUCCUACGAGGAUCGGCCCCAAAGGCUCGUGUUUCACUGCGAUAAUUAGUUGCGCCCUUCUUCAAUCCCACAUUACAAACUUGAUCUGAUUUUAUUUUCGGGUAUAGCCUGUUUCGAAAAACAUUUACCUUUCGAAUAAACUUAUUCAUAUUGUAUUGUAGCUGCAAAGUAGUAUUCUCGGUACUUAAAAACAAAUUGCUAAAUAUUCAUUGCUGCUCCAUCAACUUUAUAUAUACAUAUAUAAAUAUUUACACUGCUGUGGGUAUAUCGUGUAGGGUAUACGUUUAUGAAUGUACAGCACAUAAAGAAAAAUCAUCGUUAUAUUGCCUAUACUCGGAUACAUUGUUACAAAAAAUAAUAAAUGGUUAUACUAUUUUGAUAA